GUGAAUUUUCCCCAAAUAAAAACCCAAACUCGCAUUUCAUCAAACACUUAGCACUCACCGACGACGAGAAGAGAUGUUCGUCUCCAAAGUCUCCAUCCCACUCCGCCACCAUCCCUUCUUCUCCUCUCCAAACCCUAACCCUAACCCUAACCCUAACCCUAAAGCGAUUCCUCUCAAGCCCUUGCGUCUCCAUCCCCUCAGAUCCUCCAUCCCUCCAUCGCCGCCCAUCACCGCCUCCACUGCGUCACCUCCGACGCCGGCGCAGACUCGGGUCGACAUUCUCUCCGAAUCCCUCCUCAUCCAGAGAUUUCGCGGCAAGACCAUCGUCGUGAAGUAUGGCGGCGCCGCCAUGAAGUCCGCCGCCCUCCAGCGCAACGUCCUCUCUGACCUGGUCCUCCUCUCUUGCGUCGGCCUCCGCCUUGUUCUCGUCCAUGGCGGUGGACCGGAGAUCAACGCUUGGCUCCUCCGUACCGGCCACGAGCCCAAGUUCCACAACGGCCUUCGCGUCACUGAUGCUCACACGAUGGAGGUUGUGGAGAUGGUUCUUGCUGGGAAGAUCAACAAGAACCUCGUCGCAGAGAUCAACAUGCUUGGUGGCACCGGUGUUGGGCUUUGCGGCAAGGAUGCUCGCCUCCUUACAGCAAGGCCCUCCUCGGAGUCCGCUUCCUUGGGUUUUGUUGGUGAGGUCGCGCGUGUUGACCCCUCUGUGCUCCGCCCGAUCCUCGCCGACGGUCACAUCCCGGUGAUUGCCUCUGUGGCCGCGGAUGAGGCCGGGCAGGGCUAUAACGUGAACGCUGAUACAGCAGCCGGGGAACUCGCGGCGGCUGUUGGGGCUGAGAAGUUGAUCUUGCUGACGGACGUUGCCGGGAUCCUGGAGGACCGGAAUGAUCCGGGGAGCUUGGUGAAGGAAAUUGAUAUCGCUGGGAUAAGGAGGAUGAUGGAGGAGGGCAAGGUGGCUGGAGGGAUGAUCCCGAAGGUUAGCUGCUGCGUGAGGUCGCUGGCGCAGGGUGUGAGGACGGCGAGCAUCAUCGACGGGAGGGUGCCGCACUCGCUGCUGCUGGAGAUUCUCACAGACGAAGGAGCUGGGACGAUGAUCACUGGAUGAGAA